UUUAACUUUCCUCCUCUUACCUGAACACAAUUCAGACCGGACAAGUUCAACUGCCACCAUGAAAUAUUUGGCUCUGGCUUUGCUGUUUUGUGCUUUGGCGUCGCUAUCAGAUGCUCAAUGUCAAGCUAAGGCCUUACAACCAGGCAUGACCCGUUGUCAGGACGACAGUGAUCUUACCUGGCAUCCAGUUGGAUCUUCAUGGAGAAACAGCAAAUGUUUGGACUGUACUUGCACUGAAUGUUGUUCUGCGUUUUCAACCCCCACACGGUUUCCUUCAGACUGUGUGUCAGUGUUCGACUCUGCGACUUGUGAAUUCAUAGUGCACAAGAAGAACGACCCGACUCAACUGUGUCCAAUUUAUGGCGCAGUAGGGAAGUGAUGCAGUGGUUUAAAAGUCUGAUGUGAUUUCUUAGGGGGAGGAGGGAGAGACAUGCAGAUGUAAUCCCUCUCUGGCUUCUCAACAGAACUCACUGCCUGUUUUUGUUUGUUGUAAAGACGACCAAGAAUAAAACUAAUAAAAGCGAAUAAAAAAAUAAUUUCCUUA